CAGCUUCAGCUGUCAACGGACUUGAGCAUUUCGCUACUCUCCAUCUCACCGAAACCUCUUUUCGUCUCUGAAAUCACACAAUGAAUGUCCCAACGUGUCGAUGAAAUCAAUGCCACUUAGAGCGUCGUCUGCAAAACAACGGCAACAAGCUGGCUGCCAGUAGGCUGCCAGAAUAACAGGAUAAUGACUCUUCAUUCUUUGUGCGAGCUAUUCCCGCAAUAUCCCAAGGAGGAGCUCGCCGUAUUGCUUCAGCAAGAGAAUGGGAAUGUCGAUGCUGUGGUGGAGACAAUGCUAUUGAAGCAUAAUGUUGGACCUGUGGAACGUGCGAGCAAUGGAACAAUUGUGGAUCUAUCGACAGACGAUCUUGAGAUAACAACCUCGAAUGCACAGGCCAGCGACAGUACUGCCCCAACGACUGGUCCACCAACUCCUAGCCGCCAACCGCAAGACGUACUAUGCGAAAUGUUCCCGGAUGCUCAUACCGAUUAUCUUGAAGACAUUCUCCGAGCGCAUAUGGGUGAUAUAGCAGCUGCGUCUGAGGCAGUUUGUGCAGCCGAUGGCAAAUAUCCGAAGCGCGCGGACUUUUUUGCUCGGGGCCAGAAGCGUGGUGCGGAGGAUGACGAAGGUUCAAAGCGCAAGAAGCGGGAUUAUACAGUUGUCCUUGAAGAGCCUAUGACCCGCUCGUACAUAAAUUCAUGUUAUCAACAACUUCAAAUCGAUUACCCGGAAAUACCUGCAAAUAAUAUUAAAACGGAGCUCUCCAAUUUCAACCACCAAUACACUCCUACCUUCAACCGUCUUAAAGAAAUGCGAUCUAAUCCCACGCCACCUUUCAAGCGACUCACCAGGGGUCGUCACCCUGGCAAAGCGCCGGUGCAUCCACCGGAUGAAACAUUUCUCAAGGAAUGGGAAGCGCUGCUAAAACAGAUUGCUGAGGAGGAUAACAAGGAAAACACACCAGUCGAAUGUGGAUGUUGUUAUUGUGACUAUAACAUGGAUGACAUGACGCAAUGUGACGAAGGCCAUCUUUUCUGUAAGGAAUGCGCGAGGAAGGCGGCUGAGAACUCCAUUGGGCUUCGCAAAAUUGAGUUGAAAUGUUUACACAAUGGAGGGUGUGAAUCACUUUUCCCUCCCGCGGCCAUUGAGCAAUUUCUUCCAGAGAAGAUGUGGAAAGGGUAUUUAAAGCUGUGUCAGGAAGUGGAUCUCGAAAGGGCUGGCAUACCAGACUUUCACUCAUGCCCAUUCUGCCCGUUUGGUGCGAUCGUCUCGACAAACGUUGAGGAAGAUAAAUUGUUCUACUGUCGAAACGAGGAAUGCAUGGCCGUGUCAUGUCGAAAAUGCAAUAGAAGGAAUCAUGCGCCACUCACUUGCGAAGAGUCAAAAAGCGAGGACGUCUUAGAUGUCAAACAUCAGAUAGAAGAAGCCAUGACUGAAGCACUUUUGCGAGAGUGCCAUUCGUGCAAGAAAAAGUUUUACAAGGAAGAAGGGUGCAAUAAAAUGACAUGUACUUGUGGGGCAGUCAUGUGUUACGUGUGUCGGCAGCCUGUGCGUGAUUAUACACAUUUCAGAGACGGCGUCGUACCUGGAACCCCUGGAGCAAAGUGUCCUUUGUUCGAAAAUACAAUAACUCGAAAUGCUGAAGACGUCCAGCGUGCAGGCCAGGAAGCGAUUUUGACUGCAAAGCUACAGAAUCCGGAGAUUGAUGAAUCCAAAAUAAAGAUCGACCUGCCAACGGUGCCUCCAGCUGGAGCCGCAAAUCAGGGCGUCAACCACAUCGGACAGAUUGCAGAGCAGUUUCAGCAACUGCAGGACCAUCUCCAGCGCGUAGAUGAUCUCCUCAACCGAGCAGGAAAUAAUGUCCGCCGUCAACCUUUUGUUUUCCAGAGGUACCAGGGCCAACCACGACCGCCCCGACCGCCGGCUCCCCCGCCAGCGCCAGGCCAUGUCCCAAGAAGAGGCAGAUUCGCACAUCCAAUUGGAAACGGAAGCCGAGAAAUACCCUCUGAGCCCCCACCACCGCAGACCCACGCAGGCCCUGCUCAACCCCGCCAGCCGCAUCGCGCGCCACGGCCAGCGGUGGGUCCCGCUCCAAAUGCUCGGCCAUAUCCGCCUCGGUUUGGUGGAAAUCACGGUCAAGCUCCACGGCCCACAGCGCCUAAUGGCAAUCAUCGAGCACAUCCCUACCGGCCAUUUAGACGCCAAGACCAACAUGCCCUGCGUCCACAAACCGUGCAUCAACCACUGCCUGCUUUCGCCACCCAUCGCCCGCAUCCCGCGCAAGGACAAGCACCUGCUCUCGUUAAUGAUCAGCAACAACAUACUGUGAACCCAUCAGAGCCCGUCUUCACUGCACCAAAUCUACGAACAGGCGGUCAAGCUAGCACAGGGCCAAGGCGAUCGAAUCGGAAUGCUAGUACAAGAAAUCUUCCACCACCGCCUAUUGCAGCACCCGUAGCACGUCCACACGUAUCACGUCCACACGCAGCAACUGAUGACGACAAUGACAUCCUAGGUGAUGACGACAUCCCGGAAAACGUGAUUGAACUUCUUGAUGGUAAUGUCCUCAAUGAGGCACGGCGACCUGUGCGAGGGUCUGCGGGUGGGCGCCAGGACGCACCUGGUCGGAAUCCCCGCCGCGCGACCGCUGGCAGUGUCAUAGAAAUCGAUUGAUUAUCAGCAUUAUAUCUGGCGUAUAUAGAUCACGAAGGUUUGAUGCCCUCUAGUGGGUACUUGGCCGAUCGUCAGUACACACGAUUCACAUUGUAUACCUAAGCAAAGAGCUGGUAAAUGCAGUGUUCAUUUGUGACGAUAGCUAAAUUAGACAUUACUAUUAUAAGAGUAGUGUGUCACUUGGGUUUCGUUACGUAUUAAUGGAUCAUAUACUGAAGUUUGCGGGAGAGGAUUAUUGAAAACGUGUCUGGAGGGUUUACAGGGCUUUUGGGCGAGACGCAGAGGGGAUAAGAGGCGUUACGCAUAUAUUGUUAAGAUUCUGCCAGGAUCC